CGCGCAUGUCUGUUUUUAGAGGCUAAACAACUAGCAGCAGCUGUGUUGUAAACAGACAGGUGUGACUAUGGGGAAGUCCUUUUCCCACCUCAUUAAGCACACAGGCCAUGAUGAGGGCCAGGACAGCCUGACGUCUCCUCUGGAGGACAGCCAGACCGAAGAUGGGAAGGGUGGAGACGUGUCUCAGUUUCCCUAUGUGGAGUUCACAGGACGGGACAGCGUGACGUGUCCCACAUGUCAGGGCACUGGAAGGAUCCCCAGAGGACAAGAAAAUCAACUGGUGGCAUUGAUUCCAUACAGUGACCAAAGGCUGCGACCCCGCAGGACGAAGUUGUACGUAACAGCGUCAGUGGUGGUUUGUCUGCUACUGUCCAGCCUGGCGGUCUUCUUCCUCUUCCCUCGCUCCAUCGACGUGUCCUACGUGGGGGUGAAGUCUGUUUUCGUCAGCUACGACCAGGAGAAGCGCAGCGUCUAUCUGAACAUCACGAACACUCUCAACAUAACCAACAACAACUACUACUCAGUGGAGGUGGCCAACAUCACAGCUCAGGUGCAGUUUGCCAAGACGGUGAUCGGUAAAUCUCGCAUCAGUAACACCACUGCCAUCAGUCCUCUGGACAUGAAACAGAUCGAUUACACGGUCCCCACCAUCAUAGCAGAUGAGAUGAGCUACAUGUAUGACUACUGCACUCUGCAAACCAUCAAGGUUCACAACAUUGUCUUGAUGAUGCAAGUGACCGUCACCACAACAUACUUCGGCCAUGCGGAGCAGGUCUCUCAGGAGAUGUACCAGUAUGUAGACUGUGGAGGGAACACCACUUCUAUCAGAGGGAUGACCAAGCCAUUCAGCGCCCCACAUCCUGCUGAGUAAACACACCACUGUCCAAUCCAGAAGCUAGCCUUAGGUGGUACACUGUUUUCCCCCUUCGCCUCCAGCUGCUGUGUCCAACUGACUGCUGUUGUCACAAUACCAUGAUGCUCACCUCAAUACCAGUAUUAGACCAAAUCCAUACCAAGAUAAUAACAUUCAUCUGCUGUCCAAUCAAAUCACAUUACAUUCAGCAAAGAAAAAACAUGUUGGUUAUCUCAUAUUCAUUUUUUAAUAUUUUUUCAUAAUUUUGAGACAGUUGACAACGAUUGCUCAUGAUUACAAGAGCUGUUUUUAGCAAUUACAACAAACAGUUUUAUAAUUACAAAAUCUUUGUUUUGUAUUUACAAGAACCAGGACUGCAUCUUGCAAAUACCAGAAAAAGAUUUAAUAAUUACAAGAUCAUUAUAUUUAAUACAAUAAAAGAUCAUUAGCUUACAUUUAAAUACUGUUUCAUAAUCAUAAGGUCCUAAGGUCAAAAUUACAAGAAAAUAUUUUCAUAAUCAUGACUUCCUUUUACUGUAAAUACUAGAAAAUUGUUUCAUGAUCAUGACUUCCUUGUCCCAUAAUUAUGAGGAAAAAAUGAGUAAAAAAAAAAAAAGAGUUCCUUUUCACGGAUCUCAUAAU